AUGUCUACCACCACAACAUCUACUACCACUUCACCUGUUACAGCCAUUGGUAUUGAUCUCGGUACCACUUAUUCGUGUGUAGGAAUCUAUCAAGGAGAUGGAGUUGAAAUCAUUCCAAACGAGCAAGGUAACAGAACCACUCCAUCCUAUGUGGCCUUUACUGAAGAAGAGCGUUUGAUUGGAGAUUCAGCAAAGAACCAAGUAGCCAUGAAUCCACAUAACACAGUUUUCGAUGCCAAGCGUUUGAUAGGUCGAAGUAUGGAUGAUCCUGCCGUGCAGCAAGAUAUACAACACUGGCCUUUCAAAGUUGUUUCCAAAGGAUCAGAUCACAAACCUCAUGUUCAAGUUGAUUUCAAAGGAGCAACCCAUGUCUUUUCACCUGAGCAAAUUUCAAGCAUGGUAUUGUCUAAACUUCGUGCCAAUGCUGAGAGUUAUAUGGGAAAAACCAUUACCAAAGCUGUUGUGACUGUACCAGCGUACUUUAACGAUGCCCAACGUCAAGCCACCAAAGAUGCUGGUACUAUUGCAGGUCUUGAGGUGUUAAGAAUUUUGAAUGAACCAACUGCUGCAGCUCUUGCUUAUGGACUCAAUAAGAAGGGAGAACGAAAUGUACUCAUUUUCGAUUUGGGAGGUGGUACUUUUGAUGUUUCCAUCCUGAAUAUUGAUGAUGGUGUUUUUGACGUCUUGUCAACAUCUGGAGAUACACAUUUGGGCGGAGAAGACUUUGAUUCGCGACUUGUGGACUAUUGUUGUGAACAAUUCAUGAGAAAGCACAAGAAGGAUAUCAAAGAAAAUCCAAGAGCUUUGAGAAGAUUGAGGACAGCAUGUGAAAGAGCAAAGAGAUGUCUAUCUGCUUCUGAAAACGCCAAUGUCAAUGUUGAUGCCAUCAUGGAAGGUAUUGAUUUGGACUUGACUCUCACUCGUGCCAAAUUUGAGCAAUUGAAUAUGGAUCUCUUCAGAAAGUGUUUCGAACCCUUAAAGAAAGUCAUUCAAGAUUCUGGUUUGGACAAGUCCAAAAUUGAUGAUAUUGUUUUGGUUGGAGGUUCCACUCGAAUUCCAAAAGUUCAAGAAAUGCUACGAGAAUUCUUCAAUGGAAAGGAAUUGUGUCGAUCCAUUAAUCCAGAUGAAGCCGUUGCAUAUGGAGCUGCCAUUCAAGCUGCUGCCAUUACUGGUAUGGACACCAAGCACGUUCUCAUUGAUGUCGCUCCGUUAAGUCUUGGAAUUGAAACUGCUGGUGGAGUCAUGACCAAGAUCAUUGAUAGAAAUUCCAAGAUUCCAUGUAAAAAGAGUGAUACAUUCACAACCUAUGCCGAUAACCAAACAGCAGUCACCAUUAAGGUCUUUGAAGGAGAAAGAGCCAUGACCAGUGACAACCACUUGUUGGGUGUGUUCAACCUCGAAGGAAUUCCACCAGCAUUGCGUGGCACUCCAAAGAUUGAAGUGAACUUUGAAGUGAAUGUUGAUGGAAUCUUGACUGUUUCUGCUCGAGACAUAGCACGUGGAGAAUCAAAAAGUAUUACCAUUAAUCAGGAUAAAGGUCGUCUGAGUGCUGAAGAAAUCUUGGAAAAUAUUCGUCUCUCAGAGGAAAUGAAACAGCACGAUGAAAUGAUUAAGCAAAGGGUUGAGGCCAAGAACCAAUUGGAAACUUAUGUCUAUCAAUUGAGAUCGACCAUACAUGAUCCGAAUAUUUCUGCCAAAUUGAGUAGUACUGAUAAGGACACAAUCUCAAAAGCAUGCCAGCAAGUGGAUGAAUGGAUGGAUCACCAUGCCAAUGCCACCAAGGAAGAAUUGGAGACAAAGAGACAAGAACUGGAGAGAAAUUGUGCUCCAAUUCUUUCCAAGUUGUAUGCUCAACAACCGCAACAAACCAAUGGUGGCGGCUUUUCUCCAUCAGGUCACGACAGUUCGGCUAAUGUAAAACCUACCUUUGAAGAUGUUGAUAUUGAUGAGUAA